AUGUGGAUUGCCAUAGCCCACGAUCUCCUUCCUGUUAUGGCAUCAUCGGUGUCUAGCGAGAGAGCAUUCUCCACUGCUGAUAUCACAAUCAUGAAGCGCCGGAACCGACUACAUGGCGACAUCGUCGAAGCUCUGCAAGUUCUCAAGGUUGCCUUUUGGUGCAUGGGUACAAUGAAGGAUGUAGAGAUUUUUGAAGGAAUGGAAGAUGAGGAGGAGAAGGACGUUGCAGGAGAGGCAGAGAAGCUGGAGAUUGAGCUACCCAAGUCAGUGGAGGAUUCCUGUUUGUUGCUAGAUUUAGGUUCAGAUUGCGAGGAGUCAGACGCCUAG